AUGGAAUUAUACAAUCUAAUCUCAGAAACACUUGUCUCGAAAGGUGUGUCGUUUGGUAAACUCGUAGCAAAAACAUACGACGGCGCUUCGAAUAUGAGCGGAUGCUACAACGGCUUGCAAGCGAUCAUCAAAGAGAAAGUUGGAAAACAUGUUGCUUUUGUUCACUGUUUUGCACAUACGCUUAAUCUUGUUUUGUCCGACUCUGCAAGUGUUGAUGUUCAAGUAAUAAGCCUCUUCAAUGACCUCGAAGCCUUGUACGUUCUCUUUAGCAAGACACAAAGAAUCUAUGAUUUGUUCGAAGCUGUCCAACUGGAAGAAAACCUGAAAGUCCUUUCCCUAAAGAGACUUAAUACUGUUCGUUGGCAUUCACGCGAGUUGUGUCUAAAGGUCCUUCUCCCUCGUUAUGAUUGCAUUUUAAGUGUCCUGGAAACCGUUGGACAGUUUAAUUGA